CCUGAAACCUCCUAACCUGGUUGACUUGUUGGAGUGCAUUUCAUGCAUUCUUAGCAGAUAGGCUGAAGGAAACGCCUUGUUCACGCGCAGCUGGAGGCUAAAAAGUGUGUGAGGAGUUCAUGAACGUGGCUUGUCUCCUGCUGCAGUCGCUGCAGAGCACACAGAGCCUGCCGGGCCCCGGGAAGGAUCCCAAACCUGCUGGACACACCAUGACCAUCCCGCACCCCAAACAUCUCCCUGGUGUGACACCGCUCCUGACAGUGAGUUAAGGUGAAGCAACGAGUUACUCUCAGAAGUCUUUUUGUUGUGGAGGUCCGUGCUGACAGUGAUCAAGGAGCGAUUGGUUUGUAAAAAUGGAAGAAACAAGGAAGCUCUCUCCAAAGCCAUGUAAAAGCAAAGAAGCUGUGAAAACAGAGUGGGGAUCUCAGAGCGUUGUGUUUACCUAUUUCCAAGGGGAUAUUAACAGCGUGGUAGAUGAACAUUUUUCCAGAGCUCUCAGCAAUGCCAAGAACCCACAAGACCUGAGCACAAAGCACAAGGGUGACAAUGUUGUCCUGAAGAAUGAUGGCAUGUCUCCCCAUCAGUGGAAUUUCUCAUCACAUUGCUACAAACCAUACCCGUCAUCUUCCGCCACAAGCAUGUCAAAUUCCGGCCUGAAUUUUUCUGCUGCCGGUAUGGGAGGCCAGUACCAGCCGUCAGCUCUGCGCAGUCACCCAGCUCAACCCGCAGAUCUGUGGCCCUUCCCUUCCAUCGGGUCUCCCGGUGUCACCAGUUCCGUGUAUCAUCCUGCCCUGCCCAACCUGCACGUGGUGGAUGAACCCAUCUCUGACAGGAAAUACGGUUCUCUCCUCGGCCUCCUGCAGCAGGAAAGGUGCCUGACAUCCAUGCAAGAAUGUACCGUGAAGCAACACUCGAGUUCUGCUUGUAUGACUGGACCUGCCAGGUUACAAAAUAUGAGUCAAAGUUCAGCUCCUGGGGGAGAGAGGAAAGGAAGCUCUUACCAAGACUCAGAAAAUCCCAGCGUAAGCCAUGCCACUGCAGGUAUUCAGAUUCAUGACAGAAGACAAGAUUUGUACUUUUAGCAAAUGGAUGUUUCUACUUUAUUCUGAAAGAGAAAGUUCUUUCUGUGAACUUUUAUUAUUUGCAACUGUGAAUCAAGAAGAAAUGAAUUGCAGCUAUCCUGUGCUUUUUCUCUCAGCUGGAAGAAUACAUGUACUAUUUACUAUUUGGGGAAUGAAAAAAUCAUCUUUUUCUAUACAGUAAAUAAUUUCUAAUAGCUGUGGUAUUAAACCUGACGGUAUGUUUGUUGUGGAGAAAUAUUGUCUACUUAAGGCUUUUCAUGUUGCCCUCUUGAAAGGACUCUUAGCAUUUUUUAAUCUUUCUGUGUUUAUUCAUUUGCCCUCUCUUGAUAAGAAGCACAAUUAUUAUCAAUGCAGUUGAUAACUGGUAAGUGCAGGGUUGCAGUUUGCAUAAAUUCGAUGCUGCAGCUUCUUAGCUUGACUCGAUACCUCCAGAUUGUUUAAAAUAGUCUUAGGUCCUGGGCAAGAGACUUCAAGACAACCACGGGUCAGCAAAGCACAUAAUCAUGUUUAUGUUUUGAAAGCACAGCAAUUUGUAACCCUACUUGCAAUUCCCAUGGAUAUUCUUUGGAAACUAUAUAAUAUGCUUAUGUCUGAAGGCUCUGGUUUGCCCUCUCAAUGUUGUAUAACCAACCUCUAGAAAGUAGUGAAUUCACACUGGCUCUGAGAGGCAACCUGGAUCCUCAUUGGGUGCAAUUAAAAUACCACUGAGCAAAAAGCUGGAGGCUGCACCAAUGACUGCUGACUGUAAGUGUGCAAAGACCAGCCAGACAUUAUCCUGCUUUGCUAGAAAAACAGCACCAAGGACUGCACCACGUGCUGGGUGCACAGGACCUGAGGUCUCUGCAUAGCACGAAGGAACACCCAUGGGAUGGCGCAGUGAUGGGGAAGAUCAGGAGGCAAAGCCACAGACAUGGGCAGACAGCGAGUCCAGGGAUGCAGCACGCACUGUCGUCCCUCAAGGCAUCCCUGAGCAGAAUCCUCCCGGCACAGGCACAAAAGGUGACUCCUCUGCCUGCGUAGAAACCCAUUGUCUGCCCAUAGGCUGUGUAGUGAUAUCCCAAAAAGUAGGUGCUUUUGUUUGUUGGGUCUUUUUCCCCUUGCUUGACAGGAAAGCAGCCUGAAAAUACUGUUGAGAAAUGACAGUCUGUGAAGCAGCUCUGGAAUCAUCCUGCAGGGUGCUGGUGCUGUCCAGGCUGCAGCAGGCUGGCAGCCUGCUCUGAUUCCAGGCAGAUUUCCCACACUGACAGGCUGUAGGGCACAAAACAACCUUGUAACAGUGACUAAUGAGAACUCCUGCCUGUCUCCAUGCAGAAACUCUUGGGAAGGGAGGAGUUUCAGGGAAAUAAGAACCUUCUCUAUUGCCCCUCCUUGCCUGGGAAAAAUGCUUUCUGUGGCUUUGCAAACUGAGGAGUGCAGGAACCCAGAGCCAGGUUUAUUCCCCUGUGCACAUCCACUCGCCUCGUCUCUCAUACAGACAGCUGCAGCAUGCACAGAAAUUUGCUUUAAUGCCGACUGAAAACCCGAGGAUUUCCUGACCCAAUUCUGGCUUUUAUGCUUAUGAAGACAGGCACAAGCUUCCUCACAUGCAGCAGAGCAUCAGGAGCUGAAGCUGUGGCAGUCCCGCCCGUGCCUCUGACUUUGUUUAUGUCAAUAAGAGCAGGAAUGUUGCACAUCUCUAUAGGCACAAUCAAAGGAAAAAAUUAGUGUCUCUAGUCUCUCUGGCUCAGUUUGAGCAGUUCUGGGAUUGUGUUCUGAAUCUUUUUUAGCAAUCUUGAAAGGAGGGAGAGAAAUCUGUAAUUAAAUCAAUACAUAUGUAAACGAGCAUCUGCCACAGAACCAGUUUUACUUCUUUGUGUUAAACAUGUAUUUCUGUUGACUCGUUAUUUGUGACAUAUUCUUUGUUUAUAAGGGUAUCAUUAAACUGGAUUUUGGCUUGAUUUA